AUGGCAAUGUGUGAAUUCGCGAAACCCUGGUACCGCAGUGAUGUGAUAUUACGAGCUGAAGAUCGGAAAUUUCAUGUCCAUAAAAACACACUUGGCUUAUGGUCUCCGGUUUUUGAUAGUUUGAUUAAAGCGCGGAAAACAGCGAAUGAAAUCAUCGAAUUACCAAAGAAGAAAGCAAAAGAAAUUUACGAACUGUUACUGGUAAUCUACAAUCUUCAAACUGUCAAUUCUCAGAACAUUAUAUCUUUCUUAAAACUGGCCAAAGAGUUUGAAAUUGAGAAAGUUCUCUACUUGUGUAGUUCAUUUUUACUUGAGAUCGAGAAACCAGACCUGAAGUGCAUCAAUUUCCUUCUCUUGGCUGAGCGCUAUGGUUUGGAAGACGUGAAACAACAAUGUUUUGAAAUAGCUGCCUCGUUUUCUCUCAGUCAUCUUAAAACUUCAGAGAAAUUUGAAGAACUUAGCAUGGAAAGUAAAUUUCACAUUACGGAGAUUAUGCUAAUGCAGGAGCAAGCAUUUGUUGAAGAUUUAAAGAAAAAGUCAUUUAAAUUGUUACAAACUGUUUACUUAACCGGUCAUGAAAAGUUUGUAACAGAUAUGCAACCGACUGUCCGUCGGCCCUUCGUGUACAGCUGUCGUAAGAGACCCGCGCAUUCUGCGCUGAAAGAGAACGGGCGUGUUUUACCACGCGUGUAUGACUUAGAGUGUUCUGUUUGCCGCGCAACUACGGAGAAUUGGGCACGAAGAAAGGAACAACAUUACCCAAUGAAUAAAGAAUUGUAUGAUGCAACGCUUAUGAAAGAAAUGUUUACUUUGUGUCAUGGGCAGAAGGACAAUAAAAUGACAUCCUAA